UAAAUCAUCUAAACUACAUAGUCAACAUGGGAAUGUGCAUGGUUGCAUGAUGGGAUCAGUAACAUUUGUGUUGACAUCUGUGGAGUUUAGCAGCCUGGUGGAACAUACUGUCUUUGAUCCAACUGAUCCGAGCUUUUGGUACUGCGGCUACCCAAAGGGAGAAGAGGGAGUGGCUCAGGUGACUGGAGUCUUGGAUCUUUUUCCUCAGCCUGCUCAGUUGAGGGCAGUGCAGCUCCCAUACCAGGCUGUGACGCAUUAUACAUUCCUGCACUCCUGAACUACACAUCCUACAAAAGUUUACAUUCUGGCAGAAUUUUCUGGUUGGUAUUGCAGUCUCCCACCUGACGCAUCCAGACUACACCUUCUGCCUUUUAAAAGCCCGAUAGUACUCUACUACAAAACGCGCCAGAAGGGUCGCCUCAUUAUACUGUCUCUCCUCUGCCUACUAAUAAUAAACUUCUGAGAAACCUUAUAUAGAAAAAGCAUGUUGCACAAUGCGUAUUAAGCUGUUUAAAUAUAUUAUCAAUUGUGUAAUCCAAUUAUGCAAGUAAGCUAGUUCAGUCAAGUAAACUGUAUUUUGUACAUGUAACUGUAGUAAAAGUGUGUCGUCAUCAAAGCUCUUCAAAGAAUACGCAUCUGUUUCUCUUUGCUUAGAGAUCGUUAGAUAGCGGUGAGCAGCGAAAUACCGUAAAAUCACGCAUAUAGUCGUAUUCGUAUUUAAAGCGCGGAUGACUUGGCCCGUGAAUAGCUAAAGCGCGCACUUCCUGAAGUGUUUAAAUACCGCAAAUGAGUUCUUCCAAUGUCCUCCCAUCUCAAUAAGAUCGGUUUCUUUUCAUCCUUGUUUGCGAGAGAGAGAGAGAGAGAGAGAGAGCGAGCGCAGCUUUAUACGCCUGUGAACGGGGAUUGUCUGUCACUGUUGGAGAAUACACUAAAUAUAAUGGAGGAAGUCGCUCAUUUUACUGAAGGGGAAUUCUAUCAGGUCCAUUUUGAUUCCAGGGCAUAUAUCGACAACUUUUAUUCUUGGCCACGAGGCCACGAAGAAGAAGAGAAUUUUCUUUCUUUCGUCUUAGCAUGUCUAAGCCGGACAUUUUCAACAGGUAAAUACAAAGGCCAAAGACUCAUUGAAGUCGGCAGCGGACCAACAAUUCACAGUAUAAUAAGUGCUUGCGAGUACUUCCAGGAGAUAGUACAAUCAGAUUUUGCUGACAACAAUCGCAAAGAAAUUGUGAAAUGGUUGAAAAACGAUUGGUAUCCCAUCAUCCAACACGUAUGUGCAAUCGAGGGGAAAAAGCCAUUCGAUGUGGAAGUGAACUUAAGACAGCGGGUGAAGCAAGUGCUGAAAUGUGAUGUCCGCUUGGAAAAUCCUUUCCAUCCUCACAACAUCGAUCCAGCCGAGUGCGUGAUAACGUCUCUUUGUCUUGAAGCAGCAUGCAAAGACUUGGAGACCUACAGAAAGGCACUUCGUGGAGUAGCGACACUGGUGCGCCCCGGUGGAAUUCUUGUGAUGGUUGGCGUUUUAGGUCAGACUUUCUACUACGUCAAUGAAAAACGCUUCUCCUGCCUAAUCCUAAGUAAGCCAAACAUUGAAAGUAUAUUGGAAAACUUAGGUUUUACCAUCCAUGAAUUCAACAUACUUCCAGCGCAAGAUCGGAAGAAGAUCGUAUCUGAUUUUCAAGCUGUUUUUCAUCUUGUUGCCCUGAAAUCCGCUACGUACACAUGAUGGGUAACGUUUCAAGGAAACUUUCAAAAAAUGUGUACUUUUUUUCCCCUCGAAUUCCAAAUUACUUUUUCAAAUUAUUAAUUUGAUCUUAUUUUGUGUUAAAGGGAGAAGGUGUUUCAUUUUGAACAAAAAAUCCAGAUGAAGCACAUUUAUAAUUAAGAUGAUUAGUGUUUCCAAACCAGGUUUCAUCGCAAAACACCUGAUGACUGGAAACAAGGUUUGACUUUGCUCUGUUAGAGGCAGGGUGCAAUAGACCUGUUUGGCCUUAAUAUUGAUUUACUUGUUUAAUAAUUUCCUACUCUGUAUUUACUGAUGUCCUAUGAAAUACUGUGCUUCAGAACAAAGAUCACUUUUUGAGGCAUAUCUCUUUAAAACUGGUCUACUUGCAACUAUAGCUCAAACCAUCAUUACAGUGAAAAACAUUUUGUGACAGUAAUGGGCCUUUUCAGUGAGUA